UAGUUUUGCCCUUACCGAUAAACGUUUUAGCUGUAAACAACAUUAAAAUGGUUUACUAAAAUGGCUUGUUUUAAAGUAAAUGGAAAGUUACUUGGUUUUCUUGUUGCGUGUUUGACCGUGAAUAUUGUGACAGGAUGGGCCUGGUGGGAGGCUCUUGUCGCUAGUGGGAAACUCGGCUGUCAAAUCGACCAUUUCUGACGAACACUUCUGGAAGUAUAGGGUGGAUUAAUAAAAUGUACGGAUCACCGGUGACGUGCGGCACGAACAUAAUCGCCCCACACGGUCGAUAUAUAUGCAUAAAUCCAAUACGUUUAGCAGCCAAUUUUAGUAUGAACGUAUUUGACACCGGGAUAAAAAACACGUCGGCCGUCUUGAUUGCAAGUUUACAAAACUAUUCUGAAACACUUGGGAUCUGCUCGGAAUCCAACUCAAUGGCGAUAGAGUUCACUGUUGAAGGCUAUCUGUCUGCAUCUUUCUUCACACAGGAAUCAGCAUCGGGCAGUCCGCCAAGCUGUGGUGGGACAUUCGUCGAACGUCGUGGGAGUCUCAGUUCUCCAAACAAUCCGUCGUCCUUCAACGAAAACCAGGCUUGCUUGUACAACAUUUCCGUCACUGGUGUGCUCUCAGUGUGUCUUGAAAUAGAGUACAUACACGAUGUUAGGCUCGUUCUAGAAGUGACCGAAAUUGAGCGAUCUCACUCAAGCAGGGACUCGGCUGGAACUAAAGUGACAAGAAUUAACAUCCGCAAGAAAGGCACAUGGUGUUCCCAAAACAACAAGUUGUUAGUGUACCAAAUGAACAGAUCAUAUUCUAAACGAGCAGGAUUUCGGGCAACUUACAGAUCAUUUCUUCGUGAGGAAGCACCAAAUGAAUGGGAAGAUCAUGUCGAAAGUGGACGCCUCGGCUGUCAGGACGGACAGUUGUUGACAAACACUUCCGGAAGGAUAAGGCCGAUAUAUGCGCCGUUCGGACCCCAAACGACGUGCAUGAAAUAUAUAGUAGUCCCAUAUGGGCGAUACAUAUGCAUACAGCCAUUGGGUUCAUCAGUAAUAUAUAAUAUGAGCGUAUUUGAUGUCGGAAAUAGCCAGUCGUCUGUCUUGAUUGCAAGUUUACAAGAUAUCGAUUCCGAAACGGUAGGCGACCCACUUGGAAUCUGCUCGGAAACCAACACGAUGGCGAUAAAGUUCUCUGUGCAAGGCUAUCUGUCAGUCUUUUAUUUCACCCAGGAAACAGCCACGCGUAGUCAGCCAAGCUGUGGGGGGACAUUCGUUGAGCGUAAUGGAACUUUCACGUCUCUAAACUAUCCGAUGUCCUACAACGAAAACCAGGUGUGCGUGUACAACAUUUCCGUCCCCGGUGCGCGCACACUUUGUCUGGAUAUAGAGCACUUGGACAUUGGUGACAUGGAUACGCUGCUUUUACACGUGACUCAUCCGAGAGGGACUUGGAAGUGGGAGGACUGUACUAUAACGUACGAGAAAAGUGAAUACAUCCUGACCAGUGGCUUUCAAUGUUUCGACACUAACCAGAUGACAGUCUUCCUAUUGUCACAAUCCAAUUCAGAACCACAUCAAGGAUUUCGGGCAACGUACAUAUCGUCCCUUAAAACAUUGUAUUCAUUUUGUAUAUUGUCUUAAGUUGCACAUCAAAUACCACUCCUAAAGUUUAGUUUGUGUUAUGCAAGAUAUCAACUCUUCAUACAUAUGCAACAAUAAGAUAUCUUACAUGUGACCAUCAAUAUCUCUGUUCUAGUCAUUAUAAUGAUUAAAAUCUAAUUGAUACAAGUACAUGGAUAUAUAUGGAAUAUAUAGAGUGUACAUCCAUGGAAAUUUUGUGAUUAAUUGAAGAAAUAAAAGUCGAAU